GGAUGGGGGGGAGGGUGGGGCACGCAGCUGUCAGGUGGCUUCGGAAAAAUAAACUGCUGAAGAGUCUGACGCCAGGGAGUCCUGGAGGGACAAGGGGUUACCCACUCAGAGUGUGCUCCCCAAAGCAUGCGCGCUUGUCCACAUCUGGAGUCAUCACAUAUUUUUUGCCUAGAUUCUUUGCAGCCGGUGGGGUCUCACGGCGGGGACGAUCCGGAGCUCAACUUUCAAAAGAGAGACGCCCCAGCAAGCCUGUUUUGAGAAGUUCUUCAGCUGCUCACCCUCAUGGGCCAGACGGCCCUGGCCAGGGGCAGCAGCAGCACCCCUACCUCGCAGGCUCUGUACUCUGACUUCUCUCCUCCCGAGGGCUUGGAAGAGCUCCUGUCUGCUCCCCCUCCUGACUUAGGGGCCCAACGGUGCCACGGCUGGAACCCCAAGGAUUGCUCCGAGAACAUCGAUGUCAAGGAAGGGGGUCUGUGCUUUGAGCGGCGCCCUGUGGCCCAGAGCACUGAUGGAGUCCGGGGAAAGCGGGGCUAUUCGAGAGGUCUGCAUGCCUGGGAGAUCAGCUGGCCCCUAGAGCAAAGGGGCACACACGCCGUGGUGGGCGUGGCCACCGCCCUCGCCCCGCUGCAGGCUGACCACUAUGCGGCGCUUUUGGGCAGCAACAGCGAGUCCUGGGGCUGGGAUAUUGGGCGGGGAAAAUUGUAUCAUCAGAGCAAGGGCCUCGAGGCCCCCCAGUACCCAGCCGGACCUCAGGGUGAGCAGCUAGUGGUGCCAGAGAGACUGUUGGUGGUUCUGGACAUGGAGGAGGGGACUCUGGGCUACUCUAUUGGGGGCACGUACCUGGGACCAGCCUUCCGUGGACUGAAAGGGAGGACCCUCUAUCCCUCUGUAAGUGCUGUCUGGGGCCAGUGCCAGGUCCGCAUCCGCUACCUGGGCGAAAGAAGAGCAGAGGAACCGCAGUCCCUUCUGCACCUGAGCCGCCUGUGUGUGCGCCACGCUCUGGGGGACAAGCGGCUGGCUCAAAUAUCCAGUCUGCCUUUGCCCCCGGCCAUGAAGCGCUACCUGCUCUACAAAUGACCCUGUAGCACAAAGGUGUGCUGGCAUCCUACCCUGGGGACAUGGUGGAGAGGUACCAAGGCACCGCUGGCCUAGACAACUUAAAACCAGGUGAAGCUGAGAAGAGGAGGCUGGACCCUUUCCCUCCCCUUCUCACAGGAGCAAGACACAGAAGUGAUACUAAAGGCUGUGGCAGCCUCAGACAAAAGAGGUUUUUGAAGUAAAAAAUUGAGAUGUUUGUCACAGAA